UCGAGCAUGUCGAAGAAUUCCGAAGCAAGCGAGCCAGUGGCUCGCACCAUGGCUCUCGACCUCGUCGACGGUGUGCUCGUGCCUCCGAAGUCUUUCCGUCGUGACGUCAUCAGGGACGCACUCAAGUACGAGGCCCGCCCGGACGACAUCUUCCUGGCGACGUACCCAAAAACCGGCGCCACUUGGACCCAGUACACGCUAUGGUAUCUUCUCAACCUCGACACCCAGAAGCCAAUGCCCACAUUCACCGAAAUCUUGACCAAGUGUGCGCCCUUCCUGGAGCUGGUGGGCCGAGAAGUUGUCGAAGCACUCCCGGCACCGCGACUGAUCAAGCAUCACCUGACUUUCACGGCGUCUCCGUACCACCGCGACGCGAAGUACGUGGUCAUUGUGCGUAACCCCUUCGACUGCGUCGUCUCUUUUUACCACCACUGCAUGGGAGACCGAGCCAACUUGAGGAUGCGUGCCGACACCACUUUUGACUGAGUUCUUCGAGGACUUCAUGGACGGUCACGUGACGUUCGGCCACUACUUCGAGCACAUCCUCUCCUGGUACGCCCACCGGAACGACCCGAACGUGUUCUUCUUCUACUACGAGCACUUCAAGAGCGACCCCAGGAAGACUGUGCUGGCGCUGGCGAAAUUCGUCGAUGCGUCCAUUUGGCAGAAGUUACGCACCAACAAGGCACUGCUGAACGACUUGUUAGAGCGUAUCUCUUUCGCCAAACUUAAGUCGAGCGUCGUGAUCGACGGUGACGUUCCAUCGUGCUUUAAACGACCACAAGCACUGCGUGGCAGAAGGCGAUGCAAAAGCAAGUGAAACCAAGGGGGCUGGUAAAACUGCAGCGGGUGAAAGCACUGGUGGUGCGGACGACCGCUCGACGACCCCGGAUGACCGUGCCAAAAACUUGCAGACGUCCGAGGAAGAAAUGGUGUCCCUUGGCAACUUUUUUCGCAAGGGUCAGGUGGGAGACUGGAAGAGUUAUUUCAAACCAGAGCAGGAGAAGCGUCUUCGUGAAAUGUACGAAAAACGAAUGCGCGGAACGGAGAUGUGGGACGUUUGGAAGGAAUACCUGGAUUACAAUGACUGAGAAGGCCACUGCCAAUGUCUGUGCCCUAAAGGAUCAAAAAGAAACGAAAUUUGGGCCACGUUUUAUCGUUUCAGAAUACUGACAUGUGCGAUCGCUUAUUAUGAACAAUUAACGAAGGAUCCUCCAGUGUCAAAUAUCGUUGUAUGGCAGGCUUUUAGUUUCUGACACUUGACUUUAGGGUUUAGAUGCUGCCGAAUGGAAAAUAAUUCAUCUACAGCUCCUGCUGUCGACAGCACGUGCGGAGCUCGAGUUGGUGGGUGCGAGCGAGGCCGUGGCAGUAGCAUUUCGAUGCAGGCGAAAUGCAAGAAGGACUACGUACUUAGAAUUAGGUGCACGUUAAAGAACGCUAUGCGGCCAAAUUUAAAUUGGAGUCCCCAAUUAC